AUGUCACCAGGCCUAUCAAGGAACCCUACACCUGCAGUUCAUGAAGCGAAUCAUCACACUCCAGCGCUUUUCUCGCCAACACUGCCAGUCAAUCGUGCAAACGAGCUCUCUGGCACGGGCGAUUGGACAUCGCAGGUUCCCUGCGCACAGACGCAGUACUUACUGCCGGCGAACCGUCAGCUAAAUCAGAGUGAAGUAUUCAGACGACUGAGUAUAGCUCUCUGGAACAUCAUCGUUCGUGAAGCUCCUGCCUUUGCACACACAGCGCGAAGCAUAGGAUCCGAUGCACUGGCGGGCGAUGAAGAUGCGGCCGCUAUGCUUGAGGCCAUAUCCAGAAACUUCGACCAGUCGACUGGUAAUGCUGCCACCCACGCAGGUGAUCCAACGAGCAAUAGCUUAGCUCAUUUGGCCGCAGAACCACCGUAUCACCUCCAUACUCUACAAGAAGGCCAAGCUGGAUCUUCAAAUUUCGUGCAGCUUAGCUAUCACGAUCAGUACGCUGAAGCCUUUGCCGAUACCACGACACAGGAGGGUCGUAAUGAGGCUGAGGUUGUUAAGCUCCCGUAG